AUGUUGGACGGUGGCAUGCGCGCACUUUGCCGGACUAACUCUUAUCCCGCUCACAUGCGGUACACGAGCCUUCAUGCUUGCAGCAAUUCCCGCAUGUCGAAUGAAUGA